AUGCCCGGUCUUACAUUUCUUCUCAAGGGCAAGUUUAUCCCACCCAAGCAAAUCACGACAACUUUCGAAAACAAGACCGUCAUUGUGACAGGGUCGAAUACUGGCGUUGGUUAUGCAACUGCCCUCAAAUAUGUCCAACUCUCCGCAUCAACGGUCAUUUUGGGUGUCAGGAGCUUGCAGAAAGGCGAAAUCGCAAAAUCGCAAAUUGAAAAAGCGACAGGGCGGGCAGGCGUCGUCCAAGUAUGGCAAUUGGACAUGGCUAGCUCCGAAAGCAUCGAUGCAUUCGCCAAGCGAGUUGAGAGUUUGAAAAAGGUCGAUGUCGCUAUUCUUAACGCAGGCAUCUUCAGUCGGACUUUCAAGCAGUCGGAGGAGGGAUGGGAGAACAGUCUUCAAGUCAAUACUCUCGGGACUGCGCUCUUAGCGAUCCUCCUUGCUCCAAAGCUGCAAGCAUCCCGCACUGCAGAUUCACUAGCACAUCUAGUUGUCGUCACAUCGACAGGGCACAUCGACGUGCAAUUGAAACCUCAAGACAAAGAUCAGCUUCUCCACAAAUACAACAGUGACCUUGGCGUGGGACCUUACCAGCAACAUGUAGCCUCCAAGCUAUUCAUGAUGUGGAUUACAAGAGAGCUGGCAUAUCGAUGUCUUGAUGGCAAAGGCGAGCCAACAGUGGUUAUUAAUGACGCAUGUCCUGGUGCGUGCCGGAGUGAUGUUGCAAGAGACUUCGACACCCCUCUAUAUACAAUUGCCAAGGGCAUCGGCUCCUUUCUGGCCCUGAGGCCUUCGGAAAAUGGCGCUCGCGUGCUUGUUGGGGCUUCCACUUUAGGAAAGGAUUCCAACGGACGUUGGUGGUCUGCAGAUGGAAAUUACGCUCCUUGUGGUGAGCUCAUUACAAGUCAUGAAGGCAAGAUAUUGCAAGAGGCAAUGUGGACUGAGGUUGUCGAUGUUCUUGAAGAGAUAGUUCCUCGAGUCAAGGACGUGAUUGCGACUUUAUCUGAGGCGAGGGCUUCGUAA